AUGGGAAACUGCAUUUCUUCGACUCCAGAUGUUGACGUGGGCAUCAGCUCAGCCCAACUUAACAACAGUAGCAAAAAGGUAAACAGAUUUCACGAUGGAAAUCAAGCCACGGGACCCAGUAGUAAUUACAAUAAUGCUAGGAACACUAAGGUGUUGAGGAGGCCCAAGAAGAUUCACAAAGGUUUGAUUGGGUUGCCCGCGAACUUUCAGCACACCGGUCAUAUCGGAAUCGCCGAAAUGAGAAGUGGAAAAGUGGAUCCAGAAAAAAUUAGGUCUGCUAUGUCGGAAAUAGCUGGAACCAUAAAUCUCGACAUAACGGACUCCACUAAAUUAAGUUCAACAGAAGCAAAACUAAACAUGACCUCGGAGGGGCUGGACUCCUCGAGCGUCUCAUCCUCAAAAACGCCCCAGAGAAAGUCAACACCUCAACCAAUCACCACACCUAAUUCGCCGCAAUCACAAAUAUCAUCAAGGCAAUCGUCAUCACAAAUAUCGCCCAUAUCAUCAGAUCCAAUGGCCGAGAUUGUGGCAGCACUGAGGAUGCCAUCGGACGGUAAUUUUGACUUGCCAGAUGAGAAUGAUCUAACCACCGUGGUGGCAUGA